AUGCUCUUCAGAGCGGGCGUAAAACUCACUCGCCGUUGCUUUUUCUCCGCUGCAAAUUAUCAUCAAAACGCGACGACGAGGAGGACUUUACCGACGAAAUGGAUGACGCGACGGAAACACGUCGUCGUUCUCCCCGGGCGGUCGGUGUCGUGUUCGGCAUCAUCCUCCGACGCAGAAAAGGCACGAAACGAUGUGACGAUGAGUAAACCGCAAGAGGUGUGGAAAGCGUCGAUUGAUUUUAAAUCCAUCCGCGAGAACCAAUCGCACGUGGAGACGAAUUGUUUGAACCGAAACGUGACGAACGUUUCCGUCCAAUUCGUGGUUUCGCAGUACGAAGCGUUCGUCGCGUUGGACCAAAAAGCGGAUUUGUUGCGAGCGAGUCGGAACGAAAACGCGAAGAAAAUGAAAGGGAAGAUGGAAAAAGUCAUCAGAGAUGAAUUAAUCGAGGAAGGGAAAAGGAUUAAAGACGAAUUAGCGCUGAUUGAAGUUGAAUUGAAUGACAUUUCCGACGCGUUGCAGCGAGAAGCGCAAAAGAUUCCGAACGAUACGCACCCGGACGUACCGAUUGGAGGCGAAGAGUUCGCGACGGUGAUGGAGGUUGUGGGAACGCAGAGAGAUUUUGGAGCGAUGAAGUGUCGAGAUCACGUGACGAUUGGUGAAACGUUGAACAUGUUUGACUUUGAGACGGCGUCGAGGGUCAGCGGCACUCGAUUCGUUUAUUUAACCGGCGUCGGCGCCAUGCUCGAAUUGGCGUUGAUUAACUGGGCGAUGCAAAAAGCCAUCGCGAAAGGGUUUGAACCGAUGGUUGUUCCCGAUUUAGUCAGAAAGUCAGUCGUCGAAAAGUGCGGGUUUCAACCGAGAGCGGAAAACACGCAGGUGUAUUCCGUGGAAAAUUCCGAUUUGUGUUUAGCCGGCACCGCGGAGUUGUUGUUGGGCGGUAAGUGCAUGGACCAAACGUACGAGGAGAAAGACUUGCCGAAAAAAUUCGUCGCGUUUUCGCACUGUUUUCGAACCGAAGCCGGAGCAGCCGGAGCGGCGACCAGAGGCAUGUAUCGUUUGCACCAGUUUUCCAAGGUUGAAAUGUUCGCCGUGAGCACGCCGGAAGCGUCGAACGCAAUGCACGAAGAGUUGUCAAACAUCGAGAAAGAAAUGUACGCGGAAUUAGGUUUGCACUUUAAAGUAUUAGAUAUGAGCUCGCACGAUUUAGGCGCUCCGGCGUAUAGAAAGUUUGACAUCGAAGCGUGGAUGCCGGCUUUAGAGAGGUACGGGGAAAUCUCGAGCGCGUCGAAUUGCACGGAUUUUCAAGCCAGACGAUUGAACAUUAAAUACAGGCCAAACGCGGUGGACGGUAAGAAACAGCCGUUGCAGUUCGCGCACACGCUAAACGCCACGGCGUGUGCCGUUCCGAGAAUGAUUAUUUGCAUCUUGGAAAACUUUCAAAACGAAGACGGGUCGGUCACCGUGCCGGAAGCGUUGAGACCGUUUCUGGGUGGCAUGGAAGUUUUCCGUAACCCAGCUGCUAUUUGA